UAAAAGAUAAAUCAACGCCUUUCAACGUGUGGUGCCAAUGCUACAAAAUUAUUCUCAAGUUUAAGACGAGGAUCAAGUAGCUUCUUUAAAUCGAUGGUUCAAGUCAACCACUUUAGAUGGUGGGUCCGAUCUUCCGGUUCAAUUCUUCUAAACAAUCAACAAUUCAAUAUUCAAUUAUCAUAAAUCUUGCAGCGACCACGGAACUCUAUACUAGGGAGAGAGAGAGAGCUGCGAACAGUGAAGGUUCUCCUAGGUUGCUCCUCCCAUGGCGUUGGAGCUUCUCCUUGUGCUUUCUCCUGCCAUCAUAGCCCUUAUCCUCAUCUUUAGAUUCAAGAGCAGUAGUAGGACCGAUGGCAAGUCGACGAAGCUCCCACCGGGGAACCUCGGAUGGCCUCUCAUCGGCGAGACCAUCUCUUUCAUGCAGCCCCACUCUUCUGCCUCCUUGGGAGCCUUCAUGGCCGAACACAUCGCAAAGUACGGGAGGAUCUUUAGGACGAACUUGUUGGGGAAGGCGACGAUCGUGUCGGCGGACCCGGAGUUCAACCGAUUCAUCCUUCAGAGCGAGGGGAGGCUCUUCGAGAACAGCUGCCCGACGAGCAUCAAGGAGAUCAUGGGGCCUUGGUCGAUGCUGGCGCUGGCGGGCGACGCGCACAAGGAGAUGCGCUCCAUCGCCGUCAACUUCAUGAGCAAUGUUAAGCUCCGCACCUUCUUCCUCCCCGACAUCGAGAAGCAGGCGCUGGAGGUUCUCCAUUCCUGGGAGGACCGCUCCACCUUCUCAGCCCAAGAAGAAGGAAAGAAGUUUGCCUUCAAUCUGAUGGUGAAGCAUCUGAUGAGCUUGGAUCCAGGGAUGCCGGAAACCGAGCAGCUAAGGCUGGAGUACCAUGCAUUCAUGAAGGGAAUGGCCUCCAUCCCUUUGAAUCUACCUGGAACGGCAUACAGAAAAGCCCUGCAGUCAAGAGCCAUAAUCCUCAAGAUCAUGGGACAAAAGCUGGAGGAGAGAAUCCAAAAGGUCAAUGACAAAUGUGAAGGCUUGGAAGAAGAUGACCUUCUAGCUUCAGUAUCUAGAAACACAAAUCUUUCCAAAGAACAGAUCCUUGACCUAAUACUAAGCAUGCUCUUCGCCGGCCAUGAAACCUCCUCCGCUGCCAUCGCCUUGGCCAUCUACUUCCUCGAGUCAUGUCCCAAAGCUGUCCAGCAACUAAAAGAAGAGCAUGAGGAGAUCGCAAGACUGAAGAAGGAACGCGGCGAGACUGGACUCAACUGGGAUGACUACAAGCAAAUGAAAUUCACCCACUGUGUCAUCAACGAGACCCUUAGACUGGGCAAUAUUGUCAAGUUCUUGCACAGGAAGGCUAUUACAGAUGUUCAAUUCAAGGGGUAUCACAUUCCGUGUGGGUGGGAGGUGGUGCCAAUCAUAUCAGCAGCCCAUUUGGAUCCAUCCAUUUACGAUGAUCCGCAGCGCUACAAUCCAUGGAGAUGGCUGCAGGCUAUCUCCGCCAACUUGACGAAGAACAGCAAUGUGAUGUCCUUCAGCGGCGGUCCACGACUGUGCCCCGGCGCGGAGCUCGCAAAGUUAGAGAUUGCAGUUUUCCUCCACCACCUUGUUCGGAGAUACCAGUGGGAGGUUGCAGAGCAUGACUACCCUGUUUCCUUCCCUUUCCUUGGGUUCCCCAAAGGCUUGCGCAUCAAAGUCCGGCUUCUCCAGUGAACCUGAAGCGUAGGAGCCUCACACUUUCUUAGUGCUGCUUAUGUUAUUUAGGUCCCUAAAUGAUUGUACCAAGAUCAGUUUGAUUUUGGGGUGCAUGAAUGCAGUUGGAAUCUUUGUGAUCGAGGAAAACAGAUGCUAUUAAUUCUUCAGUGGCACACGGGCAAAUGCUUGAAUUCUCAACCUUGUGUAUUAUAACUUAUAACAUGCGCACCAA